GGGAUACGGUAGUCCAGGAUUGGGAGUAGCUGCAGCGGCCGAAGCGUACGUUGCCGACUAUAUGCGUACUAUGCAACAUCAAUUACCUCCGUUACCUCCUUACGCUGCGCCUCAUCCUUACGAUUCUUUACCUCCACCGCCACCGCCACCGAGGUACUACGAUGGUCUACCCUUGCCUCCGGAUUAUAGCGCGGCGGCAUCCGCGCUUGAAAAGCGCAGUUACGAAAGAAGUAAGACGGAUACAAAGUACACGGCACAAUCUUGGAUAUACGUUAAGAAAAUAUUUCGUAUCGCGAGACCCAAAUUCUUUCGUUCCACUGACGAUUUCCGACGCAAAGUAUUUGCACCUGAUAAAAGACUGAAGAUAAUACCGAAUUUCAAACAGUUUUGCGAAUGGCUUUUACGAAACGCUGAAGAAGAGAAUUGCGCCGUAUGUAACGUACGGUAUAGCUACGUUUUAAAAUUGGACGAUUAUACGUAUGGUCAAAUUAAUUACAUUUUUUACGAAUUUCGACUCGACAAAGUCUAUUUACCUACGUUGGAAAAAACGAGGGGCGGUAAUACUAAUUUCGACACGACCUGUAAAUACUUUGCAAAUUUAACGGAAAACAUCGUUUUAGAGAAAUACAACAUCGACUUUCAAAUGUACGAUUAUGAUUUUCAUCCUUAUCUUCGUUGCGUAGAUAAGAAACGAAUCGAACGAAACAAGAUAGUUUUCCUAAGAGAAAGUAUUUCUUUAUUAAUUUUUCUUUUUUUUCCGUAUAAAAAUGUAUUCCACACCUACAUUCGAUAAAAUUACAUACCGCAGACGCAAACUUAUCUAUGUACUUCUAUAAAUACAUGUAGAAAUUAAAAUAUAUUUCGUUCGAACUAUAAUUGUAACGAGACAACUUCAUCCAUUCUCGUAAUAUGUCCACGUAUGCGUUACAAACUUAAUCGGUGACAAUCUCGUUGUUUACUUAUUCGCGAACCGUAUCAAAA